CAUAGAUGGGUGGGUGGGGUCCGCGCCAUCUGGCUCGCCGCCCAGUUGACGAGGGCAGCGCGGGCUACGUCCCGCUCGCUGGUGCGCCGCUGGUAGGGGCGUGUCACAGAGUAGUAGUAGUUCCUGACACCGCGGCCCCGCACGUGGCGAGCCGCCCCCCGCCCCUCCGCCACAUACUGCGUUACGUCCUCCUCCAGGGACAGCGACCAGCGGCGCUGCGUCCCCGAGUGGGCGGCGGGCGUGGUGAGGUGCUCGCGGCGGAGGCGGGCGUGGCCGCGCUGGGGGAAGGUGGUGUUGGUGGUGGUCGCCGGGCUGAGGGUAGAGAGGCGCUAAUGUGUGGGUGCUGGUGAGGGUGGCAGCCCAAGACGUCACGGUGCGCGCCGCGGGGUCCUCCACCAUCAUCACGGACGUGAGGGAGCGCGCGCGGUGCAUCAGUGUUGCCACGGUGACGGUGGUGGUGGGCAUGACACAGAUGCGGGAGGUGGAGUUUGUGCCCGAUGGAGACAUGCAGCUGGACAAAUUGUGUUGGUCAUUGGUCAGACUGGAGUUUACAUGUGUACCUCCUUCACCAUCAUUGGUGGACACUUCACCAUGAGUCAACACAACAGAAGGAAGACCCUCCCCACACCCUCCCAGCCAUGAGCCAAGCACACCAACGGUCACACCACCCAGCGACUACACCUUCACCUGUCGUGCCUGUGCCACACACCUGCCAUGCAGCAGCAGCAGCAGCACCACCACCACACCCUGAACCACAGUUAUCUGCUAGCCAUCCCUGUCCCUUUCCCAAGUUCCCUAGCAGCCAAUCCCAAGUCACACCCACCUUGGGAUCCACAGCCAGGGUGUUUAUUGGGGGCACGGCCUCCCAGGUGGGCACAGAUGGCCUCCGUGAAGGCAGCUGCCUGGGGACUCUCCUCCUUGACGGCCGCUGUGGGGCCGCCAUCCCCCCUGGUAUGAAAGCCUUCCUGAGCCAGCCCGUCAGCCCCAGGGUGGCCCAGGGGGUCUUGUCUGUUCUCUGGUGUGGUGACAGGCGGCUUCAAGAAGCCAAUCAGCGCCGCCUCAGCCGCCGCCUGCUUGGCCAGCUGCUUUGAAGAUCCAAACCCUCGGUACUUCUGCCCGUCAACCUGAGGAGAGGCAGCAUUCAAGGGGCGGCUCCCCUCACCCAGGGCGACACAUUCGGCACGGCAGUGUUUCAUGAACAAACUCAGGAGUGAGGCAUUAGCAAGCAAGAAAGGCAAAAAAGUAAAAUAGCUCAACAUA